UCUUGCACCCCCCACAGCGAGAUCCAGUCCUCUGCAUCUGCAGCGAAUCUCGUCCGUGGAGGGAUUGCCGGACCUGCUGAUCGCCGAUGCUUAUCGCUCCCGCCGCUUCGCAGCAGAGAAGACGCCCGUCCGGCCUCUCGUCUUGGCGAUUGCGCCUAACGCUUGCGCCUGCUCUGACUUGCUCUGUUGUCGUCCCUUGCACCAUGUUGCUUUUUUUUUUCUCGUCGAUCAUUGAUAAGCUCCCAAGUAAUGAGUCCGCCACUAUCUCCAGGGCGAGGACCAAAGGGGCAGCAUGCGUGUGGGAUUGUCUUUCUGGUUGCUCUGGUAGUAGUGCCUUCCUUUUCCUACUUUUGCACUUCAGUCGACCUGCGCUCUAAGGAUCGGACCGACAUUGCCGUAUUCGUGCGUAAGUACACCUGCAAAACUCCU